CAACCACGACCAUUGCUGGUGAUAAAUUACUUGUAGACUGAUAAACAUCUUAGUCCCAGUGGAACUGAUCUAUUGGAACUAUUGGAACUAUUAUAGAUUAUCGGAAAUAGUUACAGUCUUGUCAUUACUACCAGGCCUUCCCGUUAAUAUGACGACUUAAAAUCCACUUGUUCAAGAACUGAAGAUGUAAAUUAUAAACUGUGAUGUGUAUUUUAUUCUGACAACCAUGGAAAAGAAUAAACUCCACGUAUCAUUUGAAGACGAAUUUCCGACAUCACCAACACAUAAAAACUUCCCUGCUUCACAACCGUUACAGGAAUUUCCAGACAAUGGUCAUAACAUACAAGAGAAAAAGAAAUCCAUCUUAGCUUCGGCUAACAACAGAAUGACAAGUAAUUCUCAGGAAGUAAUGGAUACUCGAUUCGGGGAGGAUGAUGAUGAUAUGGAUGUGGGGCACCUUGAUGAUGCACCACCCUCCGUAAAACCAAAUAAUACGAAUAAACAGGAGUCUAAAAGUAAACUUCCGGUACCCACUUCAGGUGAUUCGCCGUCCCUCAACCUUAAAUCAGCAACAGAUGGAUUGAACGCAACAAAUAGCGACACAAAGAGUAAAAUUCCAAUAUCUCACCCAGAGCAAAAUGUCGUCCAAGAUAAUACAAAUCAGGGAAGUUCGCCACCCGUGAGUGGCUCUAAAGUGCCACGUUACAAUCCAAGCAAGGGAAAUUACCAACCGGCGAAUACAAAUACUUUUGUUGAUACUAAAACUGUGAACCCCAUCCUCAAUGAUACACAAACAAUAAGUCCUCCAAUUCAAGACAUUUCCAAUGUGAAUCCCCCUAAUGUUGAUUCCCUUACGACGGAAACAAAAAGUGCAGAUUUGAAGAACAAUGACAGCUCGCCUAAAACUACACAUAGUCAGAACGAUAUCAGUAAAUUACAAAAAGAAAGUGAUACUACCAAAGAUUCGACAGAACAAACUUCGGAACACAUACCGCUCCAGGAUAUCAAGCGUGAAAAUAAUCCACACACGGAAAGUCCGUUUAAUAGAGGAAAGGUGCCAACACAAAAAGGCAGUCCGUCCAAUGUAAAAGAACCGGUCAAAGCAGGAAAUGCAACCAGCAGUGUGGUUAAAGAUAAUCCACAGUCUAACAAAGAUGCAGUUAAAGCAAAGUUACUUCUUCACAGUCAGUCAAAUGCCGACUCAAAAAUUGCGGUCACCGAAAGCGAUAAAAGUGAAGGCAGUAAACCAUCUGUUGUUGAGAAAAAAAUGACUUCCGUGCAAAACAAAUCAACAAAUGAUACAAAGGACACGAAAGACAUAAAAGAGACAAAAGACACAAAAGACACAAAAGAUACAAAAAAAAGUGAAAACGAGGGGGGAAAAGACAAAUUAAGUGUACCGGCAACGCCAAGUCACAGCCAAACUAAAGAGAAGAAAGACAAUCGAUUUCCAUUAUUGAACAGAAGCACCACACCUAACCCUCCAGGAACACCAAGGAAAGAAAACAAACUGGCAACUGACAAAGCCAAGGCCAACGGAUCUGUUCGUUCUAGAGAAGCUAGUCCCGCCCGAACUCCAACCAAAUCAAAAUCAGAGGUCAAGACCUCAAAAAGUUCACCUAAUUCUAAAUCCAAGAAGGAAAAGGCGAAGGAAAAGGACAAAAACAAAGAAAAAGACAAAAGCCAAGAGCCGGUAGUGGAUCCCGUUACUGCUAGAGAUGUUAAAGUGGAAGGGUCAGUACUAAAUAAAGAUAGUAAAACAGAAACAGAAGAGGCAAAGGAAACUGCGGAUAAUAUCCUGAACGAGUUGGGAGAGAAACCUAGAUCAAUCUUAGCCAGGGCAGCCCUUAAAAAGAUCGCCACAAGGAAUUCUAAACCAGGACACGUUUCUGGGUCGGCUGUGGACUCAAAGCACGUGAGCGUUAAUGAGCGGAAAGAUAGUAAAGCUAUUGGGAAAACCGCCCUUUCGGUUCCUGCGUCUGCUACUGGUAAACGAGAUGGUACUCAGGGCGACGAAGAUAAAUUAUCAGUUGGUUCUAGAAGGGAUUCUACGAAAUAUUCCAUUGAUUCCAUGUCCAGAAAGUCUGUGGAUAUACGGAUGCAGAAUCAUGUCGCUUUGGUUAAUAAACACAAUGAAGAAAAACCAAAAUCUCCGUUAGCUAAAACCGAUUCAUGGAUACGAUCCGCCAUUCCUUACCUGCCAAUUAGUGUAGCUAUUAUUUGUCUGAUGUUAAAUAUAUUAAUACCCGGAACAGGUACGAUGGUAAGUGGGUUUGCUAUAUUAUGCUGCGGUAAACCCCGGGUGCAUUCUAAAGACGAUCAUGUUAUUGUUAGUAUUUGUGUCAAUAUCUGGGUUGGUUUCGCCCAGCUGUUCACUAUAACUUUCCUACUGGUUGGCUGGUUCUGGAGUUUAGCCUGGGGAGUGAGAAUGGUGAUGUUAUCGGUGGAGUAUAGACGAGAACAACAAGUACAGCGGGAGAAACAACUGCAGACGAUGGCACUUUCUGCUUUUGGAUCGGCAUCGAAUAUGAGAUCACUGUUUCCAUAACAGGUGUUUCCCACUCAACAUCAUUGCUUGUGUAUUUUGAUUUAUUGUGCUGUGUUUAACAUUUUAAAAACAUUAAUGGAGUAUCCCCGCAAUAUUUCUGAAUACCACACGUGGAAAGUUUUGUGAUUAUAAUAUUAAAAGCUAUUAUUUGGCGUCGAGUAUGAGGAUAUGACGAUAUACAUGUGCGCUCAUCCCUGGCCGCAACCAAUCAUAAGCUUCGAAAUUGCGUUUAAAGGUAAAUACGCCGCCACACUGUUUACCCCUGACUAUUGUAAAGACGGGGUAGUAAUCAAAUUUAAAACAUUGCAUAUAUGUGGAUUUUAAAAAUUUGGCAUUUUGAUAUAAACCCUACAACAGACAUAAUGUUCAAUUGGGUCAAAGGCUGAUUUCAAAAUUAAUUUUAAUGGAUAAACCUCUUUGUUAUGCUUCUUAGUUUAAACAAUAUUUUUAUUUCAAGUACAUAAAGAUUAUUUACAACACUGAUGUAAUGGAUUAGAAAACAAGCCGAAGCUUAUAUAAAUUCA